CCUCCUUCUCUAGACUCCAGACUUUUACCCUCGGAAUCCCCUAAUCCCCAAAUUAGGGGCCUCAAAACGAACCCUGUUACAAAUACCCAGACAGUGCCCGGCCGGCGACUAACUAGUAACUAGGACCCCGAAAGAAAAGCAAUUUACAUACAAGUCCUUCCACCACCGCCAGCCACCGUGCAUCGCUCAAACUUGACCUGACAAAUCCCGUGUUCUACUCCGGCGGUGGCGGGAGCGGGAUGGGGUUCUCGCUGUACCCCAUGAAGACGUCAACGCGCAUGCUCUGGAGCACCAGCUUCUUCCGCCACAAGUUCCCUGCCGCCGCGACCUCCUCCUUCUAAUUAAGCCAACUCUCCGGCGAGCUUGCCGGCCGUCCACCUCCGUGUUUCAACAGGUGGGCCGCACGCGUGUAUAAAUCGGGUCUUCGUUCUUGAUAAGCUUAAGUUUCCAUGGAAUCCGGUCUCCUCAUGUUCAGCUCCACCGCGCCCUGCCGCGCGGGAGGCGGGCAGAUGAUGCUCUUUGGUGGCAGUGGAAGCUUUCUUGGAGGCUCGCCGGCGGUGUCCGGCCUGGAGGACGGGCGGCGGAGGAAGCGGCCGUUCCUGACGACGGCGCCGGAGGACGAUCUCCAGAUGGAGGAGUACGAGAACGAGAUGUGCGGCUACGGCGGUUUGGAUUUGGAGGAGCACGCGCCGGGGACGGGGAGGACGAAGCGGCGGCUGACGGCGGAGCAGGUGCGGGCGCUGGAGCGGAGCUUCGAGGAGGAGAAGCGGAAGCUGGAGCCGGAGCGGAAGAGCGAGCUGGCGCGGCGGCUCGGGAUGGCGCCGCGGCAGGUGGCCGUGUGGUUCCAGAACCGCCGCGCCCGGUGGAAGGCCAAGCAGCUCGAGCGGGACUUCGACGCGCUCAGGGCUGCCCACGACCACCUCCUCGCCAGCCGCGACGCGCUCCUCGCCGACAACGAUAGCCUCCGAUCACAGGUGAUCUCCCUGACAGAGGAACUGCAAGCGAAGGCAUCGUCGCCGACGUCCGAACCAGAGGAGCAUACCACAGCGUCAGGCAUGGUACAUGCCGGUGCCUCCGCACCAGCAGCACAAGCCGCCCAGCCGAAAGAAGGCUGUGACGCCGGAGCCGGCGCGGCGGGCCGGGUAGCGGCGCCGGCCAUGGGUAUCGCCGGUGGCAGCCCGGAGUCCUACUCCUGCUUCGCCGACGCGCGUUCGCCUCCGUCAUGCUCGGACGACGACUGUGGCGGAGCGGCCAGCAGCGAGGGCGGCUGCGCCUUCUUCCUCCCGGACGGCGCCAUGAUCGAGGCCGCCGUGGAGCGCGAGAGCGAGGCAGAGGCGGCGACACAGCUCAAUUACUGGGCAUGGUUCUGGAACUGAUCGAUGCGAGCAUUGGCAAAAUAGCAUAUCCAUCAAUGCGCACGAUGUGCGUCCGAUUAUGCUGUACAAGUGUUCAUUAUUAUACUACUGGUACUGUAGUUUGGGUUUCUUUGAGCUGUUUUUGAAGGCUGAAAAUGUUCUCAAAGCAUAUACCAGCACGAACCAUUUCAAUGGAAUUAAUAUGGGCCGCUUGGAACCAUUUCAACUGAA